AUGUACAAGAGGGGUUAUAGAAGGGAUUUGCCCCAAAGAGGUGGGUAUAUGUCCCAAAAACCAAGACUUAUGAUGAAAGAACCGACAUCACAAGUCCCAAGAGAACCAACACCGCAUCAUGUAACAUACCAAGAUAGACCAGUGCCAAUUCAACCAAUGACAUAUCCUCCUGUUGGAGCCCCUACCUACCCAAAUCUAAAACUUAUUAACAGGAGGACUCCUCCAGAAGGACCUCCCCAACCUCAAACAAAUUUUAGAUAUAAAAGGCCUAGAGAAGGAGUGUUCCCUAAAAGGAUACAAUUGGCACCGCAUUUCAGAAAGGAGUUUCAAAAUAAACAGUUUAUUCAGAAUCACCCAGUUCAUAUUAACGAGAUUGUUCCAGUUAGUCCAAAAAUGGGACCUUAUAUGCCAAUGUUAAACCCACAACAACCAAUGGUUGGAAAUAUGCAGAAUAUGCCACCUAUUCACCAGAAUUUCAUUAAUUCUCCAUUUUCAGGACCCCAAAGAAUGCCUUUUGGGCCAAAAGAACCAAUGAUGCCUAUGAUGAUGCCACCGCAACCUGUAGUUUUUGAUAACAUGAUUCCAUUCCCAAAGGCACCAAUGAAAGCACUUGACAGUCCGGUUUCAGGACCUGUAAUUAAUUUUCCAGAAGAACAACACCAAGUUAAUUUGAAACCGGGCUUAAGUUCAGUUAAAGAAUAUGAAAGCAUUCACUUCAAAUUAAGGCUGGAAAGGCUUUACAAGGUCCUGAAGGAGGUCAACAGAGUGUCAAAUAAGGUCAAAUUUACUUUAAUUUCAAUGUUUAGAGUUAGGGUGGGUUAUAGAUUAAGGAAGUUUGAACAAUCUUACUUGGAAAACGCGGACAGAGUGUAUAGAUAUUUGCUUUUCAUGUUCCUGAUGAAUGGAUAUAAAGAAUUUUUGAGCUUUGAAAACAGUAACACAAACGUUAGUGAUUUGGUGUGGGAAGUUGGAAAGUUUCGGAAAUUUUUUAAUGAAGACUCAGAUGUGUCAGUAGUAAAUAAAUCAAUUUUGGUAAAUAGUAGAGUUAAGAGAGUUGUAAGUGAUAAUAGAAAGGAUUAUAGAACCAGUGUGUCUGAAGGGUACAAGUUGGUUAAAUGGGAUACAUCUCCAAGAGUAACAUACAUAUUUGAUAACGAUAAAGUCUAUGGACCAUCAGAAAUGAUGGAAAAUAAGGAAGAUAAAAACGUAGUGUUAAUUAGAAUGUUGGAUGUAAACAGCAUAAUCAACAAUGCCAUGAUAUUUAAGCAUUUAGGUUCAAUGUAUACUAAUAUAAACGAGUCUGUACUCAAGAUGCUGGGAUAUUACUCUUUAAUAUGUCCUGACGAGUCCUACAUCAUAAUAAUCUCAUCGAUUCUACCAACCUUGACCUUGCAACAGCUUAAGAUAUUCUAUUUAAACCUCUCAUACCUGCUGGACAGUAGUAAGUGUGAUCUGCAGAUUUAUUAUCUGGAGAGAUUUAUAGAACGAUUCCUGCCAAUAUGUUUGAGCCAGAAUAGAGACUGCUGGAAUCCCAUUAUAACAAACAUAGUCACCCAAAUCAACCCGCUAAAGCUGACAAAUAAGAAGUACCUAACCUGCUGUAUCUCACUCAUCAGGUCACUGAAGAGCUUCUGUGACAUUUUUGUGGAGUGCGAAGAGACGACAGUUGCAGUUUUUCUGAUGACCUUGAAGUACCUGAUAGAGUCUUCAGAAGACUCAAGAAUAUUGGUAAGAGGAGAAUCCGCUGAUUUGUUGAUACAAAUCUGGUUAAAUCCCUCUGGAAAAAAGAUCUUGAUUAAGUAUAUGAAUCAUGAUAUUAUUAGGAUACUGGGAAGUUUGUCAGGAAUACAGUCAAUUAAGUUAAAUAUAUGGUCGUACUUACUUUCAAAAGAAGUAAGAGAGGGUAAAGGUGAAAUUAUGGGUUUAAACAAGCUGAAAGCCGAAGAAUCAGUACUAAGUACCAUAUUCAGGAAAAAUUAUAUGGAUAAUAAUAUGAUUAAACUAAUAAGUAACAGUGAAGUUAAGUAUAUAUAUAAUUUGUUUCCCCUGCUGUCAUUGCCUAACAAGAAUGUUAGUACAGAGGAUAUUAAAAGUAAGCAGUACCUGGCCAGGGUGGCCUUGUUUUGGUAUUUGAACAAUUUUCUAAAGAUAAGUAAAAACAUACUCCAGUUUGAAAAGUUGUCAGUAGUUGUUAGAAUAUCAUAUAUGCUUUAUAAAAAGUAUUUGAGGUCCAAUAUUAAUUUUAAUAAUUUGAGCAGUAAUAAGGAAAGUUCAGAGCUUGUUGUUAGGGAACUUGAAAAGAAUAAUAAUUUGGGGAUAUUUGUCGAACACUUUUUAAUAAUACUGAUGAAUAACCUGGGUAUAUCAGCCUCAUGUCUGGAAUCAGCAAAUGUAAAGCUGUCAGUAAUAUUGGAUGUAUUAUUGUUUAACUUUUCUUACAACUCUUCACUCUCUUUAAUGGUCAAAGAUAAAAAGGAUCUGGUCAGAAUAGAAAACAAUAACUAUUUAAAUCUGAUAAAACUAACAAAUAACAAUUCAGUCCUACUUCUGAUUAACUUGUUUGAUAAGUUUACUUCUUUUAAUAAGUUCUGUGAUACUUUAAAGAUGGAAUUAAAUGAAAAUUUGGAUAGUGAUUUUGAGAAAUCAGGUGCAGGAGUGUUUGAUGUAUUACUGAAUAUAAAUGUGAUAACAUACUUCAUUAACAAUAAUGUAGAGAUGCUGAGGAUGAUUAUUAACUAUUUGGAGAACAUUGUUUAUCAUUACAACACUGAAUUUACAACCACAUUCUGCUUAAACACCAUAUCCUCGUUUGUAGUGACAGCAAUGUUGCAGGUCAUGACUAGUUUUAAGAAGGUAGUCUCUGAAAAUGAACAGCCACAAUUAAAGGAAAUAAUGGAUACUAUUAAAAAGAGUUAUCUGUAUAAGUUGCUCCUACUGUACAAUGUGAACGUAAAUGCCUUAAAUUUAAAUGUGGCCAAUAUAUCUAUUUCAUAUAACCCAGUGAAGGAAACAGUUGUUACAAGACUUAAGACAGAUACAAAUGUAGAUGAAUUUAAGUGGACAGGAUAUAAAAAAACAGUAUUGUCAAACGUUGUCUACGAUAAUUUGACCAAAUUUAUCUUGAUUCAGUCAUACAUGUUAACUGUGGAGUUUUUUAACAAUUAUCAAUAUUAUAAAAAUGUAAAUAAUUUCACAUUUCCAGAACCAAUUGAUGAGUUAGAGAAACUACUUGAAGAAGGCCCGGAAGAAUUAACUGAAGAAAAAUUGCUGACCUCGAUAAUGACCAAGGAUGAAAGAUUUGUGAAUUACCUUAGUAAAUUGAUGAACAACAAAUACGAAUUACCCAAUUAUGAACUUUCCAAUAAUGUUAAACACUUAAAUGGUGAGAAAGAUGAUGCUGGAACUAGUUUACUUUUAUAUAGAUGUAAUUUCGAAUUGUUUGAUAAUAAAAGGGAUGAUAAACAGGAUUCAAAUGAAGAUGGACUGAGUUGUAAAGUUGGAUACAUGAUAGACCGUAUUAUGACAUUAUCAUUAUUUCUGGAUUUUAACCUGCCAGAUAAAGCAGUUUUAUUUCCAAACAUUAAGAAAAUUGUAAGAAAAGAAGAAUUUGAUGCAAUGGUAUUGGAAAUACUGAGUGACGUAUAUAGUUUUAGUGGACUUGUCGAUGGUAAAGAGGAUAAUGAUAAUGAGAGGGAUGAUUCUAAUAAUGAACUGGUACUGUACGAGCUACUUUAUUAUAUAGUUAAACUGACAACUUGUGAGAAUAAGGAAACAAAGACACAGGAUAAUCAGACUGUGAACUCCGAUGAAAACAACUUUAAAAUGGAGAAAGUAAGAGAAGAAAAGUUAAACACUGCACUGGACAUAUUGAAUAAUUUAUUGAGUAAAAUAUCGAGUGUAAAUAAUAAGUCAGAUCAGGAGCUAUUCAAUAACUCAAUAAAUAGGAUGUUUAAAUUAAAAGCUAAGGAUGGAAAUCAGAACCUAAUGGAAAUUGAUGAGUCAGAUAAGGAGGAAGCUGAAGCAUUAGAGUCCAAUGAGAAUGAAGAGAAAUUGAAUACAGAGGAACAAGGGUUAAAUGAGAAACAAACUCAGGCAUAUUCAACGCUGGAAAAGGAUAAUACAAGACUGGUUUUAGAAACUAUAAUAAAAGACAAGCUAUUGUGGGAAAGACUUGGGAAGUUCCCAAUAAUUUUAAAUUCCCUUAUUAGGAUAUCUCCAAUAAACAAUUUGCUUCUUUUCUUUUCGUCGUUCACAACCUUGCAGCUUAAGCUUAACUACCAAAUUAAACAUAAUCUGACACUGAGUGAUAACGAAUUAAACCAAAUACUGACUAAUCAUGAGUACGUGAUUUCAAUUCUGAAUGAGGACCUGUUAAAGAUAAUCAAUGAAGAGAUAUCUGAUGAAGGAGAAGAAUCAGGAGUAAUGGAAAAGUUUGAGCAUGGAGAAUGGUUUAGGUAUUAUUUCUUGUACAUUCAGCUUUUAGUAAGAAUGUAUGAAGUCAAGCACUACAACAACCCAGUUGUUAACAUGGAUAGGAAUUUUUACAGAAACUUUACAAUGCCUUUGGUUGAGUAUGAACAACUGAGUGAAUAUGAAUACUUGUCAAAAGAGAUUGUGUUGUACCUCUUAAAUUGUAAACAGAUAACAAACGACAAUAACAUAGUGUGUUAUGUGGGUUCAGACUCUAAAAAGUCAUUGUUUACGUAUUUUAUGAGAGGAUACAAUCUUUCCGAAAUAACAAGUACAGGUAAUGAAAGAGAGAAGCAAACAUCAGGAUCUGAAUUAGAAGAUUUGUAUUUAAUGUUAUUUUUGUUGUCGAAAAUUAGUAAAGUUAACAAUAUAAGGAUUUUACAAGUCUUUGUGUUUUCAAUAUUUCCUAUACUUAUUCACACGGUUCCGAACAAGAUAAUAUUUGAUUACGUCUACAACUCACUAAUAAACAUUAAAUUGGGCAAAUAUCCAAAUUCGUUUCUUUUUAUCAAAAACCUGCUACUGACAGUCCUGUUCAACUGGUACCACAAGUAUUUUUUCACCUACAACUUCUUUAUAUACCAAUACAACAAUAACCAGAUCCUAGAGAAGGAUUUUGUAAACCAGUACAUUACAAAAUAUCAGAAUAAUUACGAUAUUGAGCUAACAUUUAAUUUCACAAACAUCAAGAUACCUGUAGAAUAUGUAUAUCAGCUACAAUUGUUGUUUUAA